UACGACGCGCACUGUUUAUCGACUGACAAUAGUGUCAACGUUUUAAGGGAUGUAACUACCGCGCGCGGAUUGACCUUCCGUUGUUACUGUCGGGCCUCAAAGACCCAGAGUGAUUAGUUUUUGGUACUAUAACCGUGCCGCAUUUCGUGUAGCUUCUUAUCUUUCACUGUUGUGAAAUUUGAUUGUUGAAUGUGGAUCGAAGUUCAUUGUGUAGGAGUGAAUUUGACGUGUCUGCCAGAAUCGCCGGUAGCAAGCAGAUACCCUGGGUUUCCCGAGCGCAACACUCACUGAGGCUGUGUGCGACGCUUCCUGUGUUCCAUCCCGCUGUUGGAUUUUCCAAAGUAAUCUUCCACGCCUGGCAGUACAUCAGGAUCCUUUAGGACGUGUAGCAAGGAAAACGAAGGAUAUUCCUCCGUAAGCAGAUAGCUGAAAGCGUCUUAUACGAAGGAACGAUGACGCUGGCCGGGUACGUGGCGCUGGCUGCUGCCGCGGUGCUCAUACUGCUGCUGCUGUGGUACGUCAGCAACUCGUGCCGCUACUACGUCAAGUUCACCGUCUUCUUGCUGCUCUCCCUCUUCUUCGGCUCUGUCUUCAUUCCUCUCAUGCUCUUCCGGCCCAGGGACUGGCGCAACGCACUGUUACCAGCAUGGGGUGCAAGGCAAAUAUCAAAAAUCCUUGGCAUAAAAUUUCAUCUUCGAGGGCUGGACAAUGUUGUCACUGACUCUGGGUGUGUAGUCGUAAUAAACCACCAAAGUUGUCUGGACUUACUUGUACUUGCUGAGCUGUGGCCAAAGCUGAAACGAUGCACUGUUAUUUCAAAGAAAGAAGUUUUUUACCUGUGGCCUUUUGGACUCGCUGCCUGGUUGUGGGGAACCAUCUACAUCAAUAGACUGAAUGUUGAGCAAGCACAGGCAGCAAUAAACAGCACUGCAGACACCAUAAAAAAUGGAAAGAUGAAACUGUGCAUGUUUCCUGAAGGUACAAGAAACAAUGGACCUACAUUGCUGCCCUUCAAGAAGGGUGCUUUCCAUGUUGCCAUUGCUUCUCAGACACCUGUUCAGCCAGUUGUUGUAACACGCUAUUAUUUCCUUGAGUCAAAGGAGAAAAUUUUUAAUCCAGGAAAAGCUGUCAUAACCAUCCUUCCACCAAUAGACACUACAGGACUGAAGAAAGAAGAUGUGGGAUCACUUGUGGAGAGAACUCGUGAGCUAAUGUUGAAUGUCCAUACCUUAUCAACAGAACUACUGCUGCAGAAUAUAAAAAACAAGGACAUGUAAUAAAGAGAGAGUGCUUUUGAACUUUAAUGGAGUUGGUUGGACAGUAACAGCAAAAGCAUAUCUUCAUGAUCUCAUCUGUAACCACAAUUUUAAUGUUUAUCUAUGACAGAACAACAUUAGUGGGAAAGUAUUGACAUUCACAACUUCAGUUAAAAAACUGAUGAUUUAAGUCAAGACUAUGUGAUGGAAUUAAAUUAUUGUGCUAAACAUAGCAAACCUGCAGCUUUACUUCAUGACCUUUUGUAUAUAUCUGAAUGUAUAUUAAUGUUUGUGCUUCCUUCCUUGUAGGCAACUUAGCUCACAGUGCUGAAAUUACUAUGUUAUUAAGGGCUUUGUGUGUGAUAGGUGUUUUACAGUUUAAUUUCAUUAAUUGAUAUAACCAUACAUUGAUGUGUGGAGAGGGCAUAGAGUAGUAUAGAAAUGUAGAUGUGGAGAGAAGCUGCAAAGAGACUGAAGUUGUGCGUGUGUGCGUGUGUGUGUGUGUGUGUGUGUGUGUGUGUAGAGAGAGAGAGAGAGAGAGAGAGAGAGAGAGAGAGAGAGAGAGAGAGAGAGAGA